AUGUUCUCUCAGCUCUCCCUUGCCCUACUCUUUGUCGCGGGUGCCGCCCAGGCUUGUGACUCGACCCAGCCCGCCAUCAAGGAUGCCAACACGGUGACCGUCAAGCUGUACAGUGACGACACGUGCUGCAACGUCCUGCAGACGACAAGCUUGGGCGUACUCGACGAGUGUCACACGGCCAACGGGGCCUUCUACUCGCACAAGAUGGCCGUGGGCGCCAACAUGUUCGGCAGGGACAUCCACUGGGCUGCAUACGAGACCACGGACUGCUCGGGUGCCUUCGAGUAUGGCUCGCUGACCAACAACGAUACCUGCUGGCUGGACGGGCUCGGUUCCACCGCGGCGCUGCACAGCUUCAAGAUUACCGUGCUAGACUAG